UGGUUCAGUCAGUCUCAGCAUCACUGCUCUAGGCAGCUAGCAGAGCCAUUUUGGCUUCUACAUUACAGGGCACUCAAAGAUCUCUCCUCCAAGAAGCAGGCCUCGCCGAGCAUCCAGCUACACCUCGCUGGAACAAAUAAAGGAUCCUCUGUUAAACAGAGGGGAAAACAGACUGUUUUCGACAUAUAAGAGGAAGAGCUGAAAAAAGAGAAUUUGAGAAGCCAGCACAAGAGGCAGUAGUGGGAGCUGAUCUGUAGAGUCAAUAGCUGAGAGCAUCAGAGGAUCACCAUUGUAAAGGUGUGAGCAGUGAUCUGGACAUUUAAAGCAGUGCUUUCAGCGCACACAGAGGCACCAUGGCAGGGGCCUCGGUGAAGGUUGCAGUGAGAGUCCGUCCCUUCAACUCUCGUGAGAUGAGUAAAGAGUCCAAGUGCAUCAUCCAGAUGUCAGGAAACACAACCACCAUCAUCAACCCCAAAGCACCCAAAGAAACCAAAAGCUUCAAUUUUGAUUACUCCUACUGGUCACAUACCUCGCCAGAAGAUAUCAACUUUGCCUCCCAGCAGCAGGUGUUCAGAGACAUUGGAGAGGAAAUGUUACUUCAUGCCUUUGAGGGCUACAACGUUUGUAUUUUUGCAUAUGGCCAGACUGGGGCCGGUAAAUCUUAUACCAUGAUGGGCAAACAGGAAAAGGACCAGCAGGGGAUCAUUCCACUGCUGUGUGAAGACCUUUUUACCAAGUUUAAUGACCACAAUACUGAUAACAACAUGUCCUAUUCUGUGGAGGUUAGUUAUAUGGAGAUUUACUGUGAAAGGGUACGAGAUCUUCUGAACCCAAAAAACAAAGGAAAUCUGCGUGUGCGAGAGCACCCAUUACUGGGCCCGUAUGUAGAGGAUCUGUCCAAACUCGCCGUCACAUCAUAUAAUGACAUUCAAGACCUGAUGGACUCAGGGAAUAAGGCUAGGACAGUAGCUGCCACUAACAUGAAUGAGACCAGCAGCCGUUCACACGCUGUCUUCAACAUCAUCUUCACCCAGAAGCGCCAUGACUCUGAAACAGACAACACUUCCGAAAAGGUCAGCAAAAUCAGUCUGGUGGAUUUAGCCGGCAGUGAGAGAGCAGAUUCCACUGGAGCCAAAGGCACACGGCUCAAGGAAGGGGCAAACAUCAAUAAAUCACUUACUACCCUGGGAAAAGUCAUUUCAGCUCUGGCUGAGGUGGAUUCUGGCUCAAACAAGAACAAAAAGAAGAAGAAAGUAGAGAGUUUUAUUCCUUACAGGGAUUCUGUACUGACCUGGCUACUGAGAGAGAACCUUGGUGGCAACUCUCGCACCGCAAUGGUGGCGGCUCUCAGUCCUGCUGACAUCAACUAUGAUGAAACCCUCAGCACUCUCAGGUAUGCAGACAGGGCUAAGCAGAUCCGUUGUAAUGCUGUGAUCAAUGAAGAUCCUAAUAACCGUCUGGUGCGUGAGCUGAAAGAUGAGGUGUCCCGUCUGAAGGACCUCCUCUAUGCCCAGGGCCUGGGUGACAUCAUCGAGACGUUUCGGGGGCCAGUUGAAGAUUUUGCUGGUUUGAAAUACAUAUCCGAUUACAAGAACAAUAACAAUAGUGGCCAAGCUGUCAAUCAAAGAGGUGAUCUCUCCACAGUGACCAAUGCUAUGACGGCGAUGAGCCCCUCUCCAUCUCUCUCCGCCCUGUCCAGCCGGGCUGGUUCCAUCAGCAGCCUCCAUGAUCGCAUCAUGUUCAGCCCAGGGAGCGAGGAAGCCAUUGAGAGACUCAAGGAAACAGAGAAAAUUAUUGCCGAGCUCAAUGAAACCUGGGAAGAGAAGCUUCGCCGUACAGAGGCCAUCAGAAUGGACAGAGAAGCACUGCUGGUCGAGAUGGGCGUGGCCAUGCGUGAGGAUGGAGGAACUGUUGGAGUCUUUUCACCAAAGAAGACACCCCACCUGGUGAAUCUAAAUGAAGAUCCUUUGAUGUCUGAAUGUCUCCUGUAUUACAUCAAAGAUGGAAUUACCAGGGUGGGGAGAGAAGAUGCCAGCAGAAGACAGGACAUUGUUUUGAGUGGUCAUUUCAUCAAAGAGGAACACUGCACUUUCACCAGCACCACUGGACCAAUGGGAGAAGCUGUCAUUCUUGAGCCGUGUGAGGGAGCAGAAACUUAUGUCAAUGGAAAGAGAGUAACAGAACCCACGGUUCUCAGAUCAGGUCUGCCUACACUUUUCCCUCACCUGCUACAAUACUUUUUCAAAGCAUUAUGGGUUGCCUCCAAUUAUGUAGGUAUUUUUUGGGCCUUUGCUCAGAGAGAACUCCUGGAGAAACAGGGCAUUGAUAUGAAACAGGAAAUGGAUCAGAGACUGCAGGAACUUGAGGAUCAGUAUCGCAAAGAGAGAGAAGAGGCCAACAAUUUACUGGAGCAACAGAGAUUAGACUAUGAGAGCAGGUUAGAAGCCCUGCAGAAGCAGGUAGAUCGUUAUUACCCUGAUGCAGCAGAGGAAGAUGACGAACCUGAGGAGGAAGUGCAAUGGACUGAGAGGGAGACAGAACUGGCGCUGUGGGCUUUCCGUAAAUGGAGGUGUUAUCAGUUCACAUCUCUCAGAGAUCUGCUUUGGGGCAAUGCCAUCUUCCUCAAGGAGGCCAAUGCCAUUAGCGUAGAGCUAAAGAAGAAGGUUCAGUUCCAGUUUGUGUUAUUGACGGACACGCUUUACUCUCCACUUCCGCCUGACCUGUUACCACCCGAGACAGCUAAAGACCGCGAGAAAAGCCCAUUCCCUCGCACCAUCGUGGCUGUAGAAGUCCAAGAUCAGAAAAAUGGAGCCACACAUAAUUGGACCCUGGAGAAGCUCAGGCAGAGGCUGGAUCUGAUGCGAGAGAUGUAUGAUCGUGCUGCUGAGGUGCCCGGCAGUGCUCUUGAAGACUGUGACAGUGUGCUGACUGGAGGCGAUCCGUUCUACGACCGCUUUCCCUGGUUCCGUCUGGUUGGAAGAAACCCCCUUUUCUCCACAUGCCUUAGUGAGCAAGCGAGUGACCCUAACUCCUCCCCCACCCCCUCUGAGCCCACAUCAACCUCUGAAAUCACUGAGCUGGUCCAGUCGUGGCCUGACAAGAGGGUGGGGACAGAGUUGGAUGACUUGGACGAUGAUUUCUUAUCGGAUGACCCAUGCUCGGAUUUCGAGGAAGAGGAGGGGGAGGAUGAUGAUGAUGAUGAUGAUGAUGAUGAGGGAGAGCUCUGCAGAAGCUCCGGCAAAGCUGAGGACCCGUUUUACGAUCGCUCACCAUUGUUCAGUGUAGUGGGAAGGGCAUUUGUGUAUUUGAGUAAUCUGCUCUAUCCUGUGCCCUUGGUCCAUCGGGUUGCCAUAGUUAAUGAGAAAGGAGAAGUCAAAGGUUUCCUCAGAGUAGCUGUACAAGCAAUAUCAGGUGCUCUGGUUUUUCCUCCAGCCGAUGAAGAGGCACCAGACUAUGGCUCUGGUGUCCGACAGUCAGGCACUGCCAAGAUUUCUUUUGAAGACCAGCAGUUUGAGAAGUUCCAGUCAGAGUCCUGUCCUUCUGGUCUUUCACUUGCUGCUGUCUCUCAGGAAGAGCUGCGAAUUGUGGAGGGUGAGGGCCAAAAUGCAGAGAUGGGACUGUCAGCAGAUGAGGUCAACAAUAAUACCUGUGCAUCUAACCCAGAGGAGCUGGACAGCCCUGUCAAAACUGGUCUCGAUGGCAUACUGGACGGCACUCUGGAUCACUUGAGGAUUGGAGAAGUCUUUACAUUCAGAGUUACUGUGCUGCAGGCAUCAAGCAUAUCCGCAGAAUACGCAGACAUAUUCUGCCAGUUCAAUUUUAUUCACAGGCACGAUGAAGCGUUUUCAACAGAGCCAUUGAAGAACACUGGACGUGGUCCACCACUUGGCUUCUAUCAUGUGCAAAAUAUUGCUGUGGAAGUGACUAAGUCUUUUAUAGAGUACAUAAAGACUCAGCCAAUCGUGUUUGAAGUGUUUGGACAUUACCAGAAGCAGCCUUUCCCUCCGCUCUGCAAAGAUCUCGUUAGCUCGCUGCGCCCAUGCAGACGACAGUUCCCAAGAGUCAUGCCUCUUUCCAAACCAGUACCUGCCACUAAACUGACAGCUCUCACACGACCCACGGCAGGACCGUGCCACUGUAAAUACGACCUGAUGGUCUUCUUUGAAAUCUGUGAGCUAGAGGCCAAUGGAGACUAUAUCCCAGCCGUAGUGGACCACCGGGUAGGCAUGCCAUGCCAUGGCACAUUCAUGUUACAUCAGGGCAUCCAAAGGAGAGUCACAGUCACCAUAGUACAUGAGUCAGGACGAGAUAUCGAGUGGAAGGAAGUGCGAGAGCUGGUUGUAGGGCGCAUCCGGAACACGCCUGAAGCAGAUGAGACAAUCAUCGACCCCAAUAUUCUCUCUCUCAACAUACUGUCUGCAGGAUACAUCCGACCCGCACAAGAUGACAGACAGUUUCUUGAUUCGGACAUGCCUAGGAUAUUCUACCAUUUUGAGGCUGCUUGGGAUUCAUCCAUGCACAACUCUUUGCUGCUUAACCGUGUCACUCCUUAUGGAGAGAAAAUCUACAUGACUCUGUCUGCUUACCUGGAGAUGGAGAACUGCACACAGCCCACAGUGAUAACCAAAGACUUAUGCAUGGUGUUCUACUCAAGAGACGCCAAGCUCCCAGCAUCUCACUCCAUCAGGAACCUCUUCAGCAGUGGCACCUUGAGGCCAUCUGAAGGAAACCGUGUAACUGGUGUGUAUGAGCUCAGUCUGUGCCACCUGGCUGAUGCAGGGAGCCCAGGAAUGCAAAGACGGCGCAGAAGGGUGCUGGAUACAUCGGUGGCGUAUGUGCGAGGGGAGGAGAACCUGGCUGGCUGGAGGCCCCGCAGUGACAGCCUCAUCCUGGACCAUCAGUGGGAGCUGGAGAAACUGAGUCUCCUGCAGGAGGUGGAGAAAACCAGACACUACCUCCUCCUUAGGGAGAAGCUGGAGUCCACCCUGCUGCUGGGCCAGGAGUCGCUGCUGUCCUGCGGGAGUGAGGAUCUAACCGAGUCCUCUUCCCCAUCCACCCACCUGGGCCUGGGCCACAACACUUGCCCCGGCCCUGACAUACCCAACGAGAGGCAGAAGGAGCUGGCUGCAAAGUGUCUUCGUUUGCUUAACCACACCUUUAACAGGGACUACAGCCAUGUGUGUGUUAGCGCCAGUGAGAGCAAGUUGAGCCAGAUGUCAGUAACUCUUUUGAAAGACUCUGCCUCAGUGUGUGCUGAAAACACCCUCACCCCGUCCUCCACAUGCCCCUCAUUGGUGGAGGGACGCUACGGCCACAACGCUGAACUCAGACCCCCAACACCUCGAUCUCGUGCUCUCAGCCCCAUCCCUGACUCUGAAACAGAGAGCAAAAUGUCUCCUCAAGAGUCCAAAUCAAGAACCCACACUUUUGUGCCAGACAUUCAGGAAAUCCGUGUCAGCCCAAUUGUAUCAAAGAAAGGUUAUUUGCACUUCCUGGAGCCCCACAGUAAUGGCUGGGUUAAGAGAUAUGUGGUGGUACGCCGGCCUUAUGUCUACAUCUACAACACAGAGAGAGACACAGUGGAAAGGGCCAUUCUUAACCUGUCCUCUGCACAAGUGGAGUACAGUGAAGACCAGCAGGCCAUGCUGAAGAUGCCCUACACAUUUGCGGUAUGCACAGAGCAUCGUGGGAUACUCCUUCAAGCCAGUAAUGACAAGGAGAUGCAUGAUUGGCUGUAUGCCUUUAACCCUUUGCUUGCUGGAUCUAUCAGGUCUAAACUGUCAAGAAGAAGAGCCGGGCAGAUGAGGUUUUGAGCCCACUACAUGUAUACCUUCUGUACAACUCUUCGAGGACAAAAAACACAAAGGACUAACCUUGUAAAUAGAUCUACUGACAGAUCCCCCAGUUUCUGUGCUUAUUCAACUCUCUGACCCUCUGUUUCCUACAUGUGUGUACCUGAACCUGCCCACACUAGCACCAACUGUGCACCUGUAUCUUAAAGGCCCCUUUGUUGUGCAUCUACAGUGGCCUAAAUAUACAACUUAUAGCGCCAAGAGAACAGGCUAACUACUUUAUUGGGGUAGAGAUAGUAUGCUUAUGUAGUCUUCAGCAACAUUUUAGAAAGCAGGUGAUGGGAAUUUCUAAUUCUGAAGCUGUCAGCUCAUGCAAACACAUCUGAAUUUGUUACUGUGAAGAGUGACGUCCAUAGCUUGGGUUUGUGGGGAAAUGGAUCACAUGGCCUUACUGUGUUACUCUAUGGGUUUAAAACGAUAAAACUGGUCAGUAUUUAAAUCAGCAGACCAUAUGUUUAUUCAUCUCUUGGCUAUGGAAGAUAGAAUUGAUCAAUGAUACGCAGUUCUUAGCAAGGAGCAGAUGAAUCACAUCAUAUUACGCUCUUACUCUCUUUAAGUGCAGUUCUUGGACACAGUUCAACCCAUCAUAAAUACUCAUAUACCUUUAUAAUGUUUCCCUUGUAUGGCCUUGAAAUGCAUACAGUUUUCAAAAUAGCCAGGACGCAUUAGCGAAAAUUUGGCUAAGGAGAAUGGUUGCAUUCUCAUGUCUCUGUAUGAGAACCAUUAUAAAGAUUUGGCCUAUUUUUGUUGGAGUACUGGUCAGUAGAUUUAUCUAAAAUGUAUCAUAAAAAUUAUCGGUAUCCCCAAAUGAUCUAAUUUACUUUUAAAAUUUCUAUUAAAGUCUUAUCUUGUUAGGUAUUUAUUUAACAUGUUUUUAUUUAUUUCAGCAUGUAUUUAUUGACAAAGACUAAUAUUUUUGAAGAAGUACAGUGCAAUUUCUGCAUAUGGCACUUUUUUAUCAUGAGUUGACUAACCUCCCUUUUACUGACCGCACUGCUCUCAUUUCCCCCCACACAGUGAAAUGCAUUUGGGGAACAGGUUAGAAGUGAAUAGCUGGGAUAGCUGCUAUUACAUGUAGAUUACUUGAAAAUGAAAAAUGCUUUUUGCAAGAUUUAUCAGGUUGAGAAAAAACAUCAUCCUUGCCCAGACUCCUAAAUGAACGUUUGUACAGUGGUCAGUCUUGGAAAAUGGAAGGUUUAGAAGUUUGUUAGAACAAAUCAAAUGUACAGUACUGAUGGAAUUUUCUACACGCACCCUAGAGAGUGAGGAGAUAUGAUUUUGUGCCUCUUGCAUCCUCUACUCUGUUUUUGUUUUACAAUUUCCAUCAUCUUAAUCCCUGUGCGCUUCUUUAACAGGGUGAAUGUCAAGUUUAAGGCCCACUUAUCGCUACCACCCUUUCUCUUUGUGUGUAAUCAUUCCUGUGCACAGGCAAAAGCAGUUUUAGUUUUUUUUGUUUUGCAUAUUUGUGACC